ACAAAUAAACUUUAAAGGCAACAUAAACAAUCAAAUCUGUGUUCGCGUCGCGUUGAAAAAGCCAAAAUAAACAUUUUUACAUCCAAAAUUCGUUAAUUAACUCGCAUCUCAACCCUUUUCUUUGGGCAAAUGUGCGAAGCAACAACAGCUGAAAAGUGCCUUAGUUCAUCUCACGAGCGCGACGAUAAUUAUUGAAAAAAAAAUGAUUCAUAGUUAAAAAAGUUUUUGUGAUAUUACACGUUUCCGGAGCAAGAAUAUUUUGUGAAAAAAUAUUAAAAAAGUGCAUUUUCGUUUAUAUUGACAGUAAAAUAUAUAAACAAUGUGAAGAAAAUUUCUGAAAGUCUUAUCAGAAGCAAGUGUAAAAAUCAUGUCUAAAUUUGUCGUAGUCGCAUUUUAACAUUGAAACGCAAUGAGCAACGCGAUAGUGUGUGUAUUUAUUGAUAUGGACAUGAAUGAAUUCAUUAUUAUUAUGUGAUAUAUGAUACAAUCAAGUCUCGUCUCAGCUGUUUUUUUUAUUUCAAGUGUACGCACGAUCGAAUUUUUAUUUAUUUUUUUUUAUUUAUUCGAAUCAAAGAGCAAUGAACAAAUCAACGAGCAAACAAAGUCCCAAAAAAUCCACGAUGCUCGGCAGCAAAAAGAAGAAAUCUGUCGAUGGAUCGGUGGUUGCGAAAGAAAACAACAACAACAACAAUAGCAGCGCGAAAAGUGAGAGUGCCGCACGCAUAAGAGAAAAGAACAAAGUUAAGGUCGACAAGUUGCAUGCAGCGAAAGAGCAGCCAGUGCCACCGGUUAAACUUGAACGUGCAAAAACUUUCGUGUUCGGCAACAAGUUGAACCGCGUUAUAAAUAAACUCACCGGAAGUCGUGAGUCACUGAACAAAAUAGAUAAAAAUUUACCUGCAGAACCAAAUCCGUUUAACCUCAAACGCAGUCAUACCCUCUCGGCCAUCAGUAUUACGAAGCGAAAUAAUCGCAAAUCCAUCCGCGAGCCAAUUUUAGAAGAACUCAAAGAAGAUGCCAUUCUCGAGCACGAACCCGUCACCGAACAACCCACACCAAAGCCCGUCAGAAAACGCUCAUCCGUCUUUGAACCGCCUCCGUUUAAGCGUUCUGGUAGUUUCAUCGACCGCCUAAAAAAUCGCUUGAGUAUCACCGGAAGUGGAAAAAACUCAACGCCCCAGUCGAAUUUGGCGCGCAAUUCGUGGUCCGCUUCCCUCCAAAGUUUGCAACAAAUUGACACGAUGGUCAAAUACGAUGAUCUCACGUUCGUCGAUUACGAUUUAUUUAACACAUAUGAGCAACGCAUCGAGCAACAACUCAACAGUUUGAAUGCCAGUCAGACGGAUUUGAACAGCGGCAUGGGAAAACGUUAUCCGAGCUCGAGUUCGUUGAAAAGUAUUGACUCGACGAACUCCACGGUGCGGAUGAGACCCAAAAAGCGGAUAAGUUUCAACAUGAACACGAUGAAUGAGGAGGAAUUGAAGUUGCAUCGACAGAGUUUGGAUUCGAGAAUUGUGCGAGAGGCGGAGAAAAGACGCGGAAGUGGCGAGCAGUUCAGGAAUGAAGAGGAAUAUUACAGAUUUCUCAAGGAAUCGUUGAAAAAUGAGCAGGAAGAGGAAAGUGUUGAUGAAGUGGAUUGCGGAAUUCAGUUGGGGCAGCAAGAAAAUGUUAAUGGAGAUGCGAAGCGGAAGGAAAAGAGUCGAACAAAGUCGCUGCCAUGCAUUUCGGAGACAACGGAACAUAAGCUAAAAUCACGGAGUUUGACGCAUUUGGAUCAGCUGGAGCCGCAAAUUCGUACCGAAGAUGAUAACAUCAACAAUUCCUCCGCCGCCACCGCGAAUCAAAAGACUGAACAAUUAUCACGUGAACCGUCAACUGAAAACGAUAACGUCGGCGGCACAAGAAACAGCGAGUGUAGUCGACACAAGAAGCAAUUAAGUGUUGCAUCACCAAAGACAACUCCAUUAAUUAGCCCGUCAUCGCGCCCGAUUGCAAUUGCGACGCCCAUCAAAAAGAAAUCCUCGUCGUUUUUGCAUCGCAGCGUCAAGAAACCCAUGCUCAUUCGCAGUCAAAUUUCGAGCUCGGAAUAUUUUUCCGUUUGUUUUGACACGGAGAAUGGAUUUGGCGAGAAGGACGAGAUUUUUAUACCGGCAACAAAAGGCGUUUAUUUGUCAGACUCACUCUUACCUGCAUUAAGUCAUAGAAGUUUAAGCUUUUCACAAAUUAGUAUUAUUGACAAUGGAAUGCACAACCAGUACGAACUAGGCAUUCCAACGUACAUCGGUCGACUGGAUGGCAACACCGAUAUUGGGACUCUCGCUGGCCGAAAUCUCAUUGUCACGGAAAAAGAUGCCACGAAACGCAGCAACACUGCCCAUUCCUCGCUGCAAAAGGCGGCUUCCGUCGGCUUUCGCACAAAACAAAGUCGUUUCUUCUCCUCCGCAUCCACGGAGGAGGCAUUUGAUUCCGAUAACGCCACAAAGACAAAACAACAAACGCGACAAGCCAAAUGGUCGUUACAAUUAUUCGGCGGAUCAAAAAACCCACAACAAACGACGCUGUGCGAAUUGCUAAACAGCUACACGAAAAACGGUGUGCCGCAAUCUAAAACGUCUUCCUGUAGUAACUUUAAUAACCCGGAAUACCUUGAGGCAUUAGAUGGCUUGGAAAAUUUGCCGCUAUCAUGGACGGAGAUAGUUAAGGAGAAUGUGACAGAAGCGGAAACGAAAAUCCAAUCUGCCAUAUGGGAGUUGGUGACGACGGAAAUUGAUUAUAUUCAUGCGUUAAAAACUGUUACCGACCUGUUCCUCGCUUGUUUGGAAGCCAUACAACAGGAGAACAUUCUAACAGAAGUGGAUCAAAAUCGUCUAUUUUCGAACAUUCGUGAUAUCUGCGAGGCAAAUUUGAAGUUUUGGUCAAUGUACUUGUAUCCGAUGGUGAAAAACUGCAUUUUGACGGGUCGUCCGAUGUGCAUCGACUUUUUUCAGCAGGGAUUUUCGACAUUUUCCAGCACAUUUGCUCCCUACACGAAAUACUGCGCCGAACAAAGCACUUGUCAGUAUUAUUGCAAGGAACUAAAUCAAAAUAACGCCUUGUUCACGGCAUAUUUGGCGUGGUGCGAAUCACAAAAGAUGUGCAAUAGAUUACGCCUUGCUGAUAUCCUUGUGCGACCGAUGCAACGUCUAACCAAGUACGGGUUACUAUUAACCGCAAUCCGGAAACAUGUCACAGACGAAAACGAUUGCGAGGUAAUGGAUUCAAUGAUUCAUUCGGUAGAGGACUUUGUCUGCAGUGUAAAUGCACAUCUAACAACACGUCAAGAGAACGAACGCUUAAAGGGAAUUAUGGCACGAAUAGAGUCCUACGACAUCGUUGACACGAACAACGAGCAUCUGGAAAAAAUGGUGAAGCAAUUCAAUGAUAAAAUUGACCUUUGUGGUCCGAUGCGGGAUUGUCUCGUGGCGAAUGGAAGACAUUUGUUCAUGGAGGGCGAUUUGAAGUACAAAGAUAGUUUGAGCAAGAUUGACGUGCAUUGCUUCCUAUUAACCGACUUGCUGUUAAUUUGCAAAGCAACCGCGAAGAAAGGUCACGGCACGUUAAAGGUGGUGCGUCAACCGUAUCAAACGGAUCGCCUUCAAAUCAAACUGAAAGACAAUACAAUUUACUGCUGCUAUGUCAAUGACUACAACAUGGUAGUGGCGGCAUUUACGUUGCAAUGUUCCGAGGCACGUAAUUGGUACGACAGCAUAACGAAGGCAAAGCACAUUUACACGCGUCUGAAACAGGGCACGACGCCGUGGGAUCUCAGCUAUGCACCGUUGCACGGCACCUCGAACACGUUGCAAGUCAAAAAGUCACCGCUCAACAGCAGCAUCGGCAGUCGCGUCUCUAGUCUCAAUAACAGUCACAGUGGCAGCAUUGAACUCACGGAGUCACGUAACGUCUCGGUCGACUUUGAGAAGACGAAUUCCGUGUCGAGCGACGAGGGCAGUUCGUACGGCAUCAUAAAGAAUAAAAUUAUCACGACGACAAGUAAUUGCGGGUCCGCGAACAGGAACAAGCUGAAACAGGCGACAUCGAAUUCGCUCACCAUUCAACCGUAUACGAGUCUGGGGCAGAGUAUGCCGAACCUUAAUGUGCAUUCAACGCAUAGCAGGAAUGAUAUCGAUGAAUACGAGAACGCAAAUCAAAUCGCGCUGGGAAUUAAGGCGACAACGAGCACGACUAGCGUUUAAAUAGAGAAAAUUCCACUCGUUUUAUUAUUUUUUUAUUUUUAUUUGUAAUCAGUAUUUUUAUCUCUUUUCCUAGAAAUUUUAAUUGGAAAUUGUUUUAGUUUUUAUUUUUAUUAUUAUUAUUUUAUAUGUAAAAAUUGUA